ACGGCGGGACUCACUUUAAAAAGGAAAUCAUAAGUGUCACAGCAGCUUAGCAUGCACGUUUAUCUCUGCUGUGUGGACACGUAGCGCUGGAUAAUUGACAACACUACAUCAGGACACACUACAAGGGUCGUGUAGCAGAGCUUCACCGGGUUAAAGAUGUGCUCCCUGGCUCUGUUCCCCCCUCCGCUGCCCUCCGGACAGACCACCCUGUGUGAGUCCAACAACCAGCUGCUGUCAGGAUUCAACACCGAGGACCGACUGAAACAGGAGUCGAGUCCUCUGAGUCUGUAUUUUCCCCGAGAGUCCCUGAAGCUCCACAGUCGCACAGAAAGCAGCAGCAAGGCAGCUUUCCUGGACCACUCUGAAACACUGUGGAUGAGGAGUGCAGCAGCAUGGCGCGAUGGUGGUUUCAAAGGACUCCUCAAUGAAAUUACCAACUCACAUACAGAAGUUCCUAAAUGGCUGUCAGUGAGUUCUGGUUGUACGCUGGCGUUACUCAGAAGGUUUUCAUCCUUUCAUGGCUCCUUGUUUCCUCAUCUCACAUUGAGUUGCGAGGACAUGAUUGCUGAGUUUUCACAAGUGCUGAACUGGUCUGACUGUGUGGUGCGAGCUUUUGCCUGGCAUCCUCAUACAGAUAAAUUUGCUGUGGCGCUACUAGACGACUCCAUCAAGAUCUACAACCCCAAAAGCGCCACAACUCCUACACUGAAGCACCGUCUGCAGAAGAGUGUCGUAGCAGUGCAGUGGAAGCCGCUGUGUGCAUCUGCUCUGGCCGUUGCUUGUCAGAACUGCCUGUUGAUCUGGCAUGUGGACCCCUGCUCACUGUCAACCAGGCCUUCAUCUGGUUGUGCACAAGUUCUGUCCCUUCCCGGUCACUCUCCAGUCGCUUCCAUCGCCUGGUCGCCAAACGGCUCUCUCCUGGUGUCGGCCUCGCCUGUGGACACAGCAAUGAUUGUGUGGGAUGUAGCUGCAGAAAGCUGCGUGGAGCUUCAGCGUGUUGGAGGUGGAGGGGUCACCUUCCUGUCCUGGUCCCCUGACGGCAGCCAUCUCCUGGCUUCUACACCAUCUGCCCUGUUCAGGGUUUGGGAGACCAGGAUGUGGACCUGUGAACGUUGGCCAUGUUUGAAAGGGCGCUGCCAGUCUGGCUGUUGGAGUCCAGAUGGGAGUCGACUUCUCUUCACUGUGCAGGGAGAGCCCGUAAUCUACGGUCUGACAUUCACUGAAACACCAGGUGUACCUACAUGCACAUCAAAAGGGCCGCAGGCGGCAGCAGUGGUGGCCGACCUAUCAGAGACAACCUUUAACACACCAGAUGGAGACAUCAUUGUUGGUGGAGAGAUCCAGUCUUUAGCCUGGGACCCGAGAGGAGAGAGGCUUGCAGUGCUUCUUAAAGGUGAUCCACAAGCAGCAGCCAGACCUCCAAUGAUAGCUGUGUUCAAGACAAGAACCAAACCCAUCUUUGAGCUUUUGCCAUGUGGUUUUGUUCAAGGGGAGCCUGGCGCAGAGCCAAGACUGAUGCAGUUCCACCCAAACUUCCAGCACGGAGCUCUGCUCACUGUGUGUUGGUCUAAUGGAAGAAUUACCCAUGUGCCUUUCUACUUCCUGAGUGCCGGCAUCCCCCAUUUUGGCCUCAAUGGCAGUCCAUCACUGCAGCGCCCUCAAGAAAGGCCUGCUGAAUACGCCAAUCAGUCACUCUUUACAGAGUUGAUUUCUUGACCGGCCCUCACCCAUCAUCCCACACUCAAUACUUUUUGUUAUUAUGGAUUGUUAAUAAAU